UCUCCAGGUCCACGCCCGACAGGGCCCCUCCCCAGCGCUCGCAGGAAAAUUCCGAGCACGCCAUUUCGUGCUCCCCAGGGCUUGUCCGUACCUUACACGGUUUUGUUAUGAGCUGGUUUGCACUUGGCUCAGAACAAGCGGAGCCAGACCAAGCACUUGGAGGAAAGCUGAGGGGAGAGGCGGGAAAACCACAACUCCCAUGAGGCAGCGGGGACGCGGGGCCCACAGCUCCCAGCAUCCUCCGCGGGGCUCAAGGGUGUCAGCGCAGGUGGCGCCGCGUGAGGCCGCUAAGGGCUCCCGAAAGUUGUGGCGAAAAAGCGGCCUUUCGGGAUGGCAGCGUCUGAGAAAGAGACCGAGGCCCUGACAGAGCUGGACGUAGCGCGUGGCCUGGAGAACUUGCCCGUGAGCGCCUGGCCCCCGGGGGCGUGGCCGGCGCCCUUCCAGUACACCCCGGAUCACGUGCUGGGACCCGGAGCAGAUGUGGACCCCGCUGAAAUCACCUUUCCCGGGUGCACGUGCGUCGCGGGCCCCUGCGUCCCCGGCACCUGCUCCUGCCUGCGCGGCGGGGAGCACUACGAUGGCGGCGGGCGCCUCAGAGAUCUGGGCUCGGACGCCAAGCACGCCAGGCCGGUCUUCGAGUGCAACGUCCUGUGCGGCUGCGGCGAGCGCUGCGGCAACCGGGUGGUGCAGCGCGGCCUGCAGUUCCCGCUGCAGGUGUUCCUGACCGAGAGGAAGGGCUGGGGGCUGCGCGCCCUGGAGCGCAUUCCCGCGGGGAGGUUCGUCUGCGAGUACGCGGGGGAGGUGCUGGGACCCUCCGAGGCGCGGCGCAGAGCGCGCGCGCAGACUGCUCGGGACCCCAACUACAUCCUCGCCGUCCGGGAGCACGUCGGUGCCGGGCCAGUGAUGGAGACCUUCGUGGACCCCACCCACGUGGGGAACGCGGGAAGGUUCCUCAAUCACUCCUGUGAGCCCAACCUCCUGAUGAUUCCCGUCCGAGUCGACUCCAUGGUGCCCAAGUUGGCACUUUUUGCAGCCAAGGACAUUUUGCCAGGAGAAGAACUCUCCUACGACUACUCGGGAAGGUUUCUUAAUCAAGUGGACGGUGAAGACAAGGAAGGGCCAGAUGACGAGAAACCGAGGAAACCCUGUUACUGCGGCGCCAGGUCCUGCGGCGCCUUCCUGCCCUACGACAGUUCAUUGUUCCGCACCUUAGGAGAGCCAGACAGCCAUUAGGACGGCAGCUCCCACCCGCACGCCUGGCUGGCAGGACCCACUUCUGCCCUCCUCUCCCGUCAGCACCUUCCCUGGAGGGACGUCUGCUGGUGCCAGGCAGCUUGCAGGAGGCCAGUGGUUGUCAGCCUGGCUGCAUCAUUUAAACUCAGGAAUGUGGCAGAGACUGCAACUUGUCCACCAAUCUCCUUCCUCCCCACUUUUACAAUAGAAUCCUCAUUUUUACCUAGGUAAUGACUAACCAGAGUACUUGCCUUCCUAGUUAGAUGUGGCUAGGUGAUUAUGUUCUAGCUUAUGGGACAGAAGCAAAAAUGUUGUGUCCUUCCCUCUCUUUUGUCCUGUAAGCUGGAAUGUAUACACGAAGGCUGGAGCCAGGGCAGCCAUUCUAAACUCCAAACUGACCCGAGGAAAGGGUCACAAAUAGAAAUCAACAAAAACAGAAGAGCAUAGGUGUCUGG